GCGCACUGUGGCUCCAGCCAACCCGGCUUUCGGGAGGACAUGGCUGCUUCCCGCUUACCCACAGCAACGCUAACGCUAAAGCAGUUCCUAAGAAGGCAACAAGUUCUCCUUCUCUACCGAAGGAUUUUGCGAGCCAUUCGCCAAGUUCCAAAUGAUUCUGAUCGCAAAUACCUGAAGGACUGGGCGAGGGAAGAAUUCAAAAGAAACAAAAGUGCCACUGAAGAGGAUGCAAUCCGGAUGAUGAUUACACAAGGCAAUAUGCAGCUCAAGGAGUUAGAAAAAACACUUGCUUUAGCAAAAUCUUAAUGAUGGCAUCAUGUUGAAAGAUUUUCAAAGUCUCCAUGUGUUUUGAUGAGCUUAGGCUCAACAACGGGCAGCCCAAAGUCAAGUCAAACAGUAUUUACAGCACUCCAGAACAUGAAGCAUGGCAAAGAAAAGCUGUUUCAGAAUAAUUGCCUUAGCACUGGAAAACAUACCCUAUAUUUUGAAAAUAUUUGUCGGCAGUUUUUGUAAGCAGCCAAAACUAGUACAAAGUAACAACAAAUGGACAGUUGGCACAUAAAAAGAUACUCAGCACCACUAUUUAUCAGGGAAAUGCAAAUCAAAACCACAGGGAGAUACUACACAUCCAUUAGAAUGGCUCUCAUUAAAAAUGAGCAUGACACCCAGUCAUGGUGAAGAUGUGGAGAAAUGGGAACCCUAAAGCAUUGCUUGUGGGAACAUAAAAUAGUACAGUCACUUUGGAAAACAGACUGUCAGUUACUGAAAAGGUUAAACAUAGUUGCCUGAUUCAGCAAUUUUACAACUAGGUUUACAGCCAAGAGAACUGAAAACACAUAGACAAAUAUUCAUAGCAUUAUUUCAUAAUAGCCAAAAAGUAGAAACAAUCCAAAUGCCCACCAACCGAUAAGUGAAUAAAUAAAAUGUGGUAUAUCUAUACAAUAAAACAUUGUUCAGUAAUAAAAAGAA